CAUUGGACGGCUGGUUCGUCGUCGACAUGCGGGUCCAUCCAUGCUUCAAAGAUGGCCCUUGAUCUUGUCCAGAGGAUUUUGAUUUGAUUAAAUGAGUAAUCAAAAGGUGGGGUGAGAUUUCGACGGUCCUGAUCAUGCAUGUGCAGUGUAAAAGCCUGGGUCGCGUGUACAUGACUUUUUGGGUGAGGGUUUACACUGCUAUAGUGCUAUCUGACCUGGUUUUCCCUCCAAACAAAACCCUUGAACAGUUGUUCCGCCAAAUUUUCCUACGUUUUUUCCUCCGAGCCGAACAGAACCCUAAACCCAAGAUUGACACAAACUGUAAUACAUGUUAAGAAUGAAAUCGCUUCUUUCUCCAAGUUUCUCAACCCUCUCUCCACAUAUCACCAAAACCACUCCUUUCUCUCUAUAUUUUCUGGCUUCAAAAUCCAUUCACUGCAACUCCCAAGUUCUCAAAAACCCUGACUGUCUCCACAUAAAAUCCACAAUAUCUUCCAUGAAACCCUUAAUGUCUUCAAACUCCAUUCAAAGCCGUAGGGUUCAGAUUGAGGCGUCCCAGUCUUCUUCCGGAGAAAUUCACGUGAUUGUCGGGCCCAUGUUUGCCGGCAAGACCACCACUCUCCUUCGGCGAAUCCAAUUCGAAACCAGUAAUGGCAGUUUUCAGGUGAAGCCCCCAAGAAACUCCUUCCAUUUGGAUGAAACAUUAAAAGGUCUUUGUUUUUCUGGAAGAGUGAUGGAAGCAGUUGGGCUAUUGUGUCGAACAGGAUUGCUAGUUGAACCUGCAACAUAUGCUCUUCUAUUGCAAGAAUGCAUAUUCAAGAAAGAAUUUAAGACAGGAAGAAGAAUCCAUGCACAAAUGAUUGUUGUUGGAUAUUAUCCUGAUGAAUAUCUUAAGACUAAGUUAUUGAUUUUACAUGCAAAAACAGGGGAUCUAGACACUUCCCACAUUCUUUUUGAUGAUUUGUCAAAGAAAAGCUUGAUUUCAUGGAAUGCAAUGAUUGCUGGAUAUGUGCAAAAGGGCCUUGAAGAGGAGGGCUUGAAUCUUUAUGAUGAGAUGAGGCAAAGUGGUUUAACACCGGACCAAUACACAUUUGCUUCAGUAUUCAGAGCCUGUGCUACUUUAGCGACCCUUGAAAAGGGUAAGCAAGCCCAUUGUGUCAUGAUAAAGAGCCAAAUUAAAGAAAAUGUUGUAGUUAAUAGUGCCCUCAUGGAUAUGUACUUUAAAUGCAGCAGCCUCUAUGAUGGGCAUCGGGUAUUCAAUAAAUCAUUGAAUAGGAAUGUUAUCACUUGGACGGCUUUGAUAUCUGGGUAUGGUCAACAUGGAAGAGUUGCAGAGGUUUUGGUGUUUUUUAGUAAGAUGAAAACUGAAGGUUUUAGGCCAAAUUAUGUUACUUUUCUGGCAGUGAUUUCUGCUUGUAGUCAUGGAGGUCUGGUCAAUGAAGGUUGGGAAUAUUUCAUGUCAAUGACGAGAGAUUAUGGUAUUCAGCCCAGAGGGCAACAUUAUGCUGCCAUGGUUGACCUUUUAGGACGCGCUGGGAGGUUACACGAGGCUUUUGAGUUUGUUCAGAACUCACCUUUUGGGGAACACUCAGUGAUAUGGGGUGCUCUGCUUGGGGCAUGUAGGGUGCAUGGAAACAUAGACAUGUUGAGGUUUGCAGCAAAGAAAUAUUUUGAUUUGGAGCCAGAAAAUGCUGGAAAGUAUGUUGUCUUGUCUAAUGCUUAUGCCACUUUUGGAUUGUGGGACAAUGUUGCUGAGGUUAGAGGAGUGAUGAGGGAAUCAGGGAUGAGAAAGGAUCCUGGAUAUAGCAGGAUUGAGGUCCAAAGGGAGGUGCACUUCUUCCUUAUGGGGGAUAAAUCCCACAAACAGACUGAGCAGAUAUACGAGGUGAUCAAAGAAGUGACUUGCAUUCUGAAAGAUGCUGGCUAUGUUCCUGAUUUAAGUGGCUGCUAAUUCUUUUUCCAGAAAGUGGCUCAUAUUUCUGAUAUUUUUCAUUUAUUGAAAAUUUUGUGCAAGUCUUGGAUUUGUCAAACUUCAAU